AUGGGGUCCGCCGACUACAUUAGCGCAGACGGCGCGUACGAUCUCGCGCAAGCUUGGCCGGCUCUGACCAAAUCUUGGAGCCUGGACUCAUCAUGGAUCAACAAUGGCGGAACUUGCUGCGGCUGCGUCUCGGGCAACGACUUGGGCGCGAGUGUUGCGGCCACGGACAAGGACGUCUGCGCGGAACAGGGCGGCCUCGUUGAGCUUGUCACCGAAGAACUCUCGGGUCUGAUGGACACGAACCCCGCGUGCGUGUCGGAGAAAGCACCCAAUGAGCAUGCCGUGGAGAUGUUUAGCAAGCUGGGCGCGAGCUACAUUGCCCGGGUUGACGAGCAGUCGUCCAAUUUCAUCGGGCUGCAUACAAACAAGCAAGGAGUACGACAAGAUACGAGAAGUGUUUCUGCGGCACUUGCAUGUACAAGAAAGACCUUCUAUCCGCUGUCCUCGGCCCCGAAGAGGAUUCCCCGUGUGGAGCUCGUCGGACUUGGCCACAACCGCGAAUCGCUGUGA